UUGCUACAGCAACGGCCAGUGAAUUUUCCCCCCUCUUUUGCCUCUUUAACCCCCUUUUUUUUUUUUUUUUCUACCUGUUCAAAUGUGGUCCGUAAAAUUGUGCCAACGUUUUUGACAACACUAGUUGCACAUUGUACGGAAAAGUGUUUUUACAACGAAAAAAAAUAAAGCUUAAUUUAAAAAACAAAAAUGAAUAGAUAAAUCAUUGCUUUUAAAUUAUAUUAUUACAGUUUUUUUUUUUUUUUUUUUCUUGUAUUUUAAAUAAAUAAAAAAAAGCCACUUUUUUUGUGUUUAAAUAUAUUUUUUUUUGUUAAGUUUAGUCAAUUAUUGUGUGAGUUUGAGGAAAAAAAAAAAAAAAAAAUUUUAUAAUUUUUUUUAUGAUAUAAUUAUGAAGUCAUUUAUUAAUGUCAGAAAAAUAAAACAAGUUUCAUGGCAACGGUAAAAUAGGAUUUAAAGUGAUAACGUCAACGUUUGAGUGACAAUAAAUUGCAUAAAAACAACAAUUUAAAAUCAACAAUUAAUUUAAAGCAAAACAAGACACAAUGGCAUCAGUUGGUGCUGAGUUAGUUGCUGAAAGACAAUCAGAAGCAAUAAUGGAAAUAGAAUCAAGUAAUAAAACAUUUGUUGGAGCUGAGGGUUUAGUUAGAAUGGCAUUUGAACAAUACACUGAAAUAUUAGAAACAGCAUCUGAUCCAAGAGUCAGUGAUUGGCCACUCAUGGAUUCACCAGUACCAUCAAUAUUAAUUGUUGCAUUGUAUCUUUAUUUUGUAACACAAUUUGGACCUAAAAUUAUGAUCAACAAAAAACCAUUUAGAUUGAGAAAUAUACUUGUUGCUUACAAUGCAUUUCAAGUUAUAUUUUCAAUGGGAAUGCUUUAUGAGCAUUUAAUGUCCGGUUGGCUGUCAGAUUACAGCUACAAGUGUCAACCAGUUGAUUAUUCACAAAAUCCAACAGCAAUGAGAAUGGCUAAUUUAUGCUGGUGGUAUUUUAUCAGUAAAUUCACUGAAUUUGCCGACACGAUAUUCUUUGUGUUGAGAAAGAAAGACAGUCAGGUGACAUUUUUGCAUCUGUAUCAUCACUCAUUGACCCCACUGGAAACUUGGAUAUGCGUUAAAUUUAUAGCAGGUGGACAUGGCACCCUGGGUAAUCUCAUAAAUAAUGCUGUUCAUGUUGUUAUGUAUGCUUACUACAUGCUCUCAGCAAUGGGUCCCGAGUAUCAAAAAUAUCUCUGGUGGAAAAAACAUUUAACCACUGUACAAUUGAUACAAUUCUUUUUGGUAUUUGUACACAGUGCACAGGCACUUAUUUUUCCAUGUGGAUAUUCAAAAUUAGUUGCAACAUUAUUACUUUUACAUUCAACAAUAUUUUUCAUAUUAUUUUCUGAUUUUUAUCUUCGUGCAUAUCGCAAGAGUGCAGCAGCCAAAAAACUCAAGGAUCAAUAAAUCAAUUAGUAUAUUUAAAAAAAUAUAAAAAUCUAAUAAUUUCAUUGAAAAAAGAAGAUAAAAAAAUAUAUUUCAGUCAAAAAUAAAAAAAUUAUCUUAUUUGUUUUUUAAUUAUUUAAAUAGUUUUAAUUUCGAAAAAAUAAUUGAGCUAAAAAUUUGUGGCAUUGUUAGAAAUUUUUUCACUGAUAAAUAAUAGUUUAAAAAUAAAUUAAAUAAUUAAAAUUGUUAAAAUUAUAUUUAAUAAAUAAUUUAAAAAAUUCAAUAGCAUUGUUAUAAACAAAUAAAAAAUAAAUUUAAAGCUAAAUUAACAAAAAUAAAUUAAAAAAUAAUUUGAGAAAAGAAAAAAAUUUCUUUAAAUUAUAAAUAAACAAUAAAUCUAUAAAUAAAUAAUAAAAUUAUAAAUAUUGUAUUAAUUAUAAUAAUGUAUAAUUUAAAUAAGUUAAUAUAAUUAUUCCUUACCUCUUGUAAUUACACCUAUAAUUAUCAUUUUAAGAUUUCAUUUGACAAAAAAAAAAAAAUAUCAAAACUCUGUUUUGUUGUUUAAAUUUUGUUGCUCAACAAUGAAACUGUUGACACUAGUUAAUUAAUAUAAAUCAAUUAAUAUUAUAAAUAUUCUAAUUGUUUAAAUAAUGUGCUAAGAAAAAUUGUAAAUUGCAACUGCACUUGUAUCAAACUGCACACAGCAGUUGAUAGUCUAGCACUAUCGAUUAUAUCAAAAAAAAAAAAAAAAAAAAAUUGUGAAAACGUUCAAGUGGCCCAGUGACACUCAAACCCUCAAAACAAUGUAAUUAAAAAAGCAAAAAAAAAUAUAAUUUUAUACUUAAUUGACAAAUUAAUUGUAAUUUAAAUUAUAUAAAUAAAAUAAUUAUAAAUAUUAUAAAUAAAUAAUUUUAAACUAUUUCGAAAUCUCUGAUUUAAACCAAUUUUUUCUUCUUUUUUUUCUAUAACUAACCAUGCAUUAUUAAUAAUGAAAUGAAAAUUAUUAUAUCAACAAAAUUUAGCACGUUUAUAAUGGCCUUUAAUUAGAAUAUUUCAUAAAUAUGUACACAAACAAGAAAUAAUUAUUUCUCGUUCACCACAAUAUCUAAUUUUCAACAUGAUGAAUAAAUUUUUCUUAGUUUUCUUAUUGUUGAUAUUUUUAUUGUUAUUAAUUAUUAAUUCUUAGUUUUUUUUUUUCUUUUUCAUUUGAAAAAACCUACUUUUUAUUUGUGAUUAUUUAUGCAGCAAUUGCCUGCUGUUCUUUUUUUCUUUUUUGUCUUUCCAACAAUCUACGUUCACGUUCGUAUUCUUUCAUUCUCAAAACAUAA